ACGACAAAGGGUUGUUUGUGUGAGAUUUGCACGUACACACAAUUCGUUGGCCUUGACAUAUAUUAACGUCUCAUGGGGAUGAAAUAAACACUUAGGAAAUAAGAACCUUGCAUGCAUGUUUAGCUCAGAUAAAAUUAGAGUUAUGUUAAACAUAAUGCCUUAUGGCGUUAAGAUUCGCUUGAAGAUAAAUUUUAAUUUUUGCUUUACAUAAUGGACAUCAAUAGCGGAAGAAUAAACGGCAGUCCUCUAUAUCAGCCAUUGUGAGAUAUAUUAUGUAAACACAUAAUCAGAUAGCUUUCAAUAUUAUUUACCAUGGCAAGUUCUAGUGAGAAGCUAAAGGAUAAAGAUUUCCAAAACUGGCUUAAAGUCGCCCUUGGGGUCAAUAUUGCAAGGAAGGGAAUUGAGCCAUAUGUAUCCAGUGUUAUAGAAAAAUUCCACUCUGACGCUUUAAAGGAUAUUUUAUCAGUUGAAGAAAUAGACAAAGAUACUUUGAGAAAUGUUUCCAAGCAAUGUCGUAGUAACAUUUGUAAUCAAUUGAAAAUAAAAAUUAGGCUUAGUCAUUUAUAUAGGAACCCAUCCUGGAAAAACACUAAGGAUGAAAAUUGGUGCCUUUGUCCCUGGGAGAUAGCGAAGUGUUACAUGCCCCCUGAUGGUUAUAAGUUGGUAAAUUCUGCAUCAGAAACGGACAUGAAUGGGAUUCUUAGUGUCAUGAUGAACCAUAUGGAAUUCGAUAUCACUAACAGAAACAUAUGUGAAGAGGCAAGAGAAGUUACAAGAAUGGUUAGACACUCGUCAGAUCUAUCUAUGAGGGAUCAGAUGGUAAACGACUACCUCGGUAAUCUUAUCACCUUUCUUGAAACAUACAAAGAAAAACAUCAGUCGACUGCCGAGGCUCUGGAAAACCUCAAAAAGCUGAAGGAGGAAAAACUACAAAUUUCAACUGAUGACAUACUAGAGGUUCUUAAAGCCAAUGUUGUAGAAGAAAUCAAGCGGGAGAGAAAUGAGUGCCUUCAAAACAUUAUCAAAGAAAUACACCUACUUCAUUCAGUAAAGAGUGAAAGUUUAGACAAAGUCCUUAACGCAAAGCUUAAAGAAGUGUUAAUCAGCAUAGACGAAGCCAAAGCUUCUACCCUAGAUGAGAUCAGGCGAAGAUCAGACAGUUUUAAGGAAUCACCAUACAUAUCAAACUAUGAAACACUCAAGCACGAGUUGAAAGAAGAUAUCCUGGUAUUCAACAAGGCACAUUAUAGUACUAUUCCACUUUCUCCUUUGUUUGAAAAAGAGGACACACCAUUCAAAAAAAUGUAUGUCUCGCCAGAGAUGAAGAUAGUAGAUUACCCACUACGAGAAAGUCUUCGAGCAGACAUUAAAACAAACGUCACCUGCUUGAGUGACAUUUUUAAAAAUAAAAUAGAUAAUAUUUAUGUUACUUCAAAAGCUGGACUAGGAAAGACGGUAUUUUGCAAACGGUUAUCAAUUGCAUGGUGUCAUGCUCACAAUAGAAAAACACAGAAAGACAGUUUUGAAACGGAAGAAGAUCUUAAUUUAUUACAAACAUUUGAUUACGCUUUCCUCGUCCUAUUACGGGAAGCACGUGCUACCGAUUGCGACAUCGACACAAUGAUUUUCGAUCAGAUAGUAAGUCAUCUGGGACGUUCGGGGCGCUAUACAUUAGAUUUUCUUCAAGAUAUACUGACAAAGGAACGCUGCUUAAUAAUACUGGAUGGACUGGACGAAUGGACUCAUCCAAAACAAAAGGAACGUAAGACGCAAAAUGAUAUUCCAGACAGAAAUGCUAGAGAACAUUGCACAAUCCUGACAACAACAAGAACCUGGAAAUUCUGUUUGCUAUCAUUAAGCAUUAACGAAAUCGACAGACUUGUGCAAAUAACUGGACUCGAUGAUAAUGCGUCCAAACAAUUAGUAUAUAACACAGUCUCAAAUUUCACCUCUGAUAAUGUCAACCAUAAAAACAUCAAAGAGUUCCAGAACGAAUUGCAAAAGGAAAGUUUGGCCAGAUUGAAAUAUGUGCCUUUGAUCUUGAUACACUUGAUUUGUCUAUGGUAUAAAAACAAUACGAUCGGGAACACACUUUGCGAAAUAUUCUGCAACAUAAUUGGACUUCAUCUGCAAAGAACUAAAAACAAGUUAUAUUUAGACGAAUGUUCCGGUCCGAAAACGAGAAAGGUAAUCUUACCUGAAUGUAUUUCUAAGAACGCUCACUGUAAGUCAUCCCAGGAGUUGCUAAUGUCGCUAGCCAAGUUGGCCUUUUACACAUAUUUUGAUCAAAACAGGGAAAAAUCUUUGGUAUUUGAUGUUAAUAUGGCAAAGCAGUAUCUACAUCAGGACUUUGUCUUCUGCAUGGCAACCGGUUUAUUAACUCAGACUAAAAAGACUCAAACGAAAAGCGUUAUUUUAUUUGAGAGAAAAGCACCUCGUAUUUCGUUUGCGCAUAAAACAUUUCAAGAGUAUUUUGCUGCAUUGUACAUGUACAUUGAUGAUGGUGUGGAAAUGAAUGUAAGAACUGUGAUAAAUAUCUGCAGUGCUGUCGACGAUAUACUUGCAGUUACCAACUUCUUCAUAUUUCUGAGUGGUAUGUGUCCUGACAAAGCAAAGUUGCUGUUUCCGGCAUUUUGUCGAAUAAUAAGAAAUUCGGAAACAAUAAAAAACUACAGGAGUGACAUGGGCUCAUGGAACUAUUUUGUUGGUUUCAACGAGACUAUUAAAAGACUUCAAACAUUAUUCGUUAAUUGCAUGAUUGAAAGCAGAGACAACGGACACAGUCCGGAAAUUGUAAAUUUUGAAGACUUAAUUAUUGAUUCUGACUUUCGAUCAGAAGACUAUUCGACUAUUUUGAAACUCAUUAUGAAACAUAACACAAGAAAUUUCAAGUCGGUCAAAUUAAGAGAGGUAAGGACACAAAAUGACUUUAAAGAAAUUGUACAAGUGCUCAGAACAAAUGAUAGGCUAAGUCUUGAAAAACUUGAUUUGAAAUGUGAAAUAAGCGAUGAGAGCCUUGAGUUAGUCUUAAAAGAUUCUGAACAUUCUCUGAAGUGUUUUAUAUUGAAAGGUGGACAGUGGUUGGACGACAGUUGGUUACAUAACAAUGUAAGUCUAUCAGACGAGAAUUUGAAGUGUAUUUGGAGCAUGAACCAGCUUGAAGAACUGUACCUCAGAACAAUCGAAAUGACGCAUGGUCAACUUGAGAACCUUUUAGCAUUUGUGUCCGAAAGUUACAACAUGAAACACAUUGGACUUGGCUUUAUAAAGUGUAAGGAACACAACGAAAGCUGUAAUGACCUAGAACUCAACUUAGCUAACCAUUCAAAACUACGAAUGCUCGAAAUAGGCAGUGUACCAUUAUCAAAAAUAGGAGUGAACACACAGAUGCUAGAAGUAUGUUACGUAGGCAGCUUCACAAACAGUAGCGUGUUGUUUGAAAUAUUAUCCCUCCUCUCGCAUGCACCAAAACUUCACGUGUUUUGUUGUGGCUUUCUGGAAUUCCAAGAUCAUAUUAAGAAGAUGCUAGAAACAAUAGGACAGUUGAAGAUGCUGCAACAUAGUUGGCUGUUAGACAUGAAAAUCGGCAAAAACGAAUUCCGAUUAUGCAAUGACAUGGAAGAAAUUAAAGAGCUGUUUUUAAUAAAAAUUCAAAUGAGCUCCGAAACCUUUCACAAAUUGGUUGAAGCUGUUAAGGCGAUCAAGAAGACCGUAAUAGUCGGGCUAUUUGAUUGUACAGUCGAUCCUCAUGAAGAUUUUGAAUCGGAAAAACAAAGAAUUAAAUCAACACAUGCGAUACAUGUUAUACAGGAUGAGAUGAAGGAUAAGCAGCAGACAGAUUUUAUAUUCAAAACACUAGUUGACUGAUCAACCGUAAAAUCAUAGAAAAACAUAUAAAAACCUCUUGCAAAUUAAAAUGAUAUACAUUGUAUACCAUUGAGGCAAUUUAAGUUUAGAAGAAAUCACACGAUCUUUUUAGAAAAAGAAGAUAUACAUAGAACUACCAUUAGAUAUAUUUUCUGAUUUGCAUUAUGAGUCAAAAAAGUAUAUAAUCGAAAAUAGAAAUCUCAAAAUAAUAAUAAAAUAAAUAAAUAAAUAAAUGGAACAAUACAUAAAUAAAUCAACAAAAACUCUCAUGACAGAUAUAGAUUGUUUAAUAAGGCAAGAUUUACAUCAUGUUUUCCAUGUACGAGUUACAAACAUAUAUUAAUUACCAUUAAGAAGUAUUUUUUUACGUUACGUGCGUGAAUACUAAUAUGUUGGUAUUUUAUAUGUAUAAUUAUAUAUAGAUUUCAUAUUACACCAAUAAACUAAUUAAUUGUUGGGUAUGUAAAUUUGAACUAUGGCUGUUGAUAGAAUAUGAUAUUUAUGAACACUAUAAUAUAAACUUAAUGCCAUGCAGAACGUUUUCAAAAUGUGCCGGAAUAUCUAUGUAUCCUUGAUUAGAAGAAUUUUAGCAGUGUGAUAUCGCUAUCGAAACAUUAAGAUAGUUCUAUCUAAUCAGCUGUGCUUAAAUACUGGUGUUGAGAUUUAAAUAAAAUGUACUUAGAA